CGAUCGAUGAUGAAUCCUUAGAAAUUAGCGACGAACUCGCAUCGCGAAUUUUUGUAUUAGGUCAACAUCGUUCGUUGUGUUGUAAUCGCGCUUCGGCAUUGUCUGUGUCAAAAUCUUAUCUCAAAUAAAUUUCGUGAGUCUUUAUCAAAAAUAAUUCAAAAAGUGUUCUUCUACACAAUUUUGCUUCUGGAUUUUUACAAUUUUGCAACAUCAAGACUUGUGUUAAAUUGAAGAACGCAACGAGUUUAGAUUAGUGUGCCUCUCGUGACUUAAAAAUUAAUAAGGAAUUAUCACAUGCUACAGAUAAAAAAAAAUGAAUUUGGAAGAAUAUCGUAGAUAUGGAAAGGAAAUGGUGGAUUACAUUGCUGAUUAUCUGGGAGACAUACGUUCUCGGCGAGUAUAUCCAGCGGUCUCGCCGGGAUACUUGAGAAAUAUCCUGCCCCCAUCGGCCCCAGUGGACGGCGAGUCCUGGGAGGAUAUAUUCGCCGACGUUGAGAAAUGCAUCAUGCCGGGUGUGACGCAUUGGCAGAGUCCGUAUAUGCACGCCUACUUUCCGGCUCUGAAUUCACCCGCCAGUCUGCUGGGCGACAUGCUGGCCGACGCAAUAAACUGUCUGGGUUUCACGUGGGCUUCUAGUCCAGCGUGUACCGAGUUAGAAACAAUAGUUAUGAAUUGGUUAGGCAAAAUGAUCGGUCUACCCGAAGAUUUUCUGCAUCGACCGGGAGGCUCCGGCGGUGGUGUCAUACAAACGACAGCAUCAGAAGCUACAUUGGUGUGUUUGCUUGCAGCUAGAACCAGAGCUAUUAGAGACGUGCAGGAAAAUGAUCCUGACCGUUUGGCAACAGAGAUCAAUUCACGACUAGUUGCAUACUGUUCAGAUCAGGCACAUUCAAGUGUGGAAAAAGCCGGACUUAUAGGACUAGUUCAAAUGCGAUAUAUUGAAUCUGAUAAUGAGUUAAGCAUGAGAGGAGAUGCCUUACUUGAGGCACUAACGCGCGAUCGAGCUGAGGGUCUGCUUCCUUUCUUCGUAUGCGCAACCCUAGGCACUACGGGUGCAUGUUCUUUCGAUAACCUGAAGGAAAUUGGACCCAUAUGUCAACAAAAUGGUUUAUGGUUACAUAUCGAUGCGGCUUACGCUGGUAGCGCAUUUGUAUGUCCGGAAUUUCGCGGUUGGCUUCAAGGAAUAGAGCUCACGGAUUCUAUUGCUUUUAAUCCAAGCAAAUGGCUUAUGGUUCACUUCGAUUGUACGGCUAUGUGGGUAAAGAACAGUCAAGCAUUACAUAGAACAUUUAAUGUUGAUCCGUUAUAUUUGAAGCAUGAAAAUUCAGGUCUUGCGAUUGACUAUAUGCAUUGGCAGAUUCCUUUGUCCAAAAGAUUUCGGGCUCUAAAACUAUGGUUCGUUAUCAGGAAUUAUGGAAUUACUGGCUUACAAAAACAUAUACGAGAGGGUGUGAGGUUAGCACAGAAGUUUGAAGCUUUAGUCUUGGCCGAUACUCGUUUUGAAAUUCCUGCUCCGAGACAUCUCGGCAUGGUGGUCUUUCGUCUUUGUGGGGAGAAUACUUUGACAGAACGUUUGUUAAAGAAGCUUAAUUCGCGGGGUCGAUUGCAUUGCGUACCAGCCGCCUUACACGGAAAAUAUGUUAUUAGAUUUACAGUUACCUCAACAAACACGACGAAUGCAGAUAUUCUAAGGGAUUGGGCAGAAAUACGAAGCACCGCUAAUGAAAUCUUGAGUGAUUCUACCCGAGCGCCUAUACGAGCUAGAGUUCCUCUCGCAGACACGCGACAGAAGAAUGAAAAUUUUGGAUCAAGCUUAUUAUUAGCCAAUUCACCAAUGUCUCCAAAAAUUGUAAACGGUAGUUUUGCCGCUAUAUAUGACACAGCCGAUGUAUUUGAAGAAUGCAUGAAAACUUUUGGGAAAAUUCAUCUUGAGACGAGAGACAGUCCAGCUAUACGUCGUCGCAUUCGCGGAAUAUUAAUGUCAGGCAAGCAAUUUUCACUAGACUCUCGUAUGGAUCUAGUUCAGGGGUAUGCUUGCAGCCGUCCACUCUCGGAUUCUCCUUCCGAGUUACCAUUAAUGAAAGAGGAUGAAGACACUGGAUUAUGUGAAUCAGUAUCUGACAUAAAUACUAUGGAUGAAUCCGAUAAUGAUAAAUCAAUUGUUUAUAAAAAUUUGGAAGACUCUGAUAAUUCCGAAACAAUUAAGAAAGAAUCAUCCGUCUCAAAAAGUGACUUGGAUUAUACAGUGGCAAAUGGUUCAUUCGUCAACGUUGGUGCUGAGAAUAACACGGUGACUAUUGCUUCGGCUGGUGUAGGUUUUCCUAGAAGUGAAACUAUUGCUGCUAUUGGACAUCGUCCAUAUACAGGUGAUUUGGCGCCUGUUCGAGUUUUGAGAGAGAAAUCAAUGAAAGCAAACGAAAAAAAUGAUGAUAAGGAAGAAUUAUGCAAAAAAUGUGGUCACUUCUCUAAACGUCAGUAA